GAAGAUAUAGAAAAAGAAAGAAAGAAGAAGAAGAAGAAGAAGAAAGAUCAAAGAUGAUACUAAGAGCAGCCCUAAGGGGCAUCGUCCUUUUCGUUAUACUCAUUGGAAGAUCGGUCGAUGCUCAAGACGAUGACUCUUUAGCCGGCAGCUUCUUAUCAGGUCUCUUGGAUUCUAUAACCAGCACGGCAAAGAGUGCAGAUUGUCCUGGUGUUUGCGUGCAUGCACUUGCAACCUUGAUGUGCGACGAAGUACUCGAAGAUGUUCAAUGUCCAACGAGUAGCAUGCGAUGCUGUAUCAUCGAGCCGGUUAAUUCUUCUUCUUCGUCGUCUUCCGAUGAAAAUCUCGUCGAGCAAACAACGACUCCUAUAAUUUUGUCGACUACGACUCCGUCUACGACGACGACGACGACGACGACAACGACGACAACGACGACGAUACCGACGACGACGACGACGAUGACGACAGCGGCAACGACGACGACGAUGAAAACGACCACUACGCUCGCCUCUACCUCGAUUUCUACUACAGCCAGUAAACAAAACGAGCCAGAUGAUAAAUCUCAAGGAAAAACGUGCUCGGGAAUAUGUAUGCCGGAAAGGAUAGCCGAUUAUUGCGAUGCUAUACUCGCUAUAGACUCUCUCUGCAAGUCGGGACACAAAUGUUGCGUCACGAGAGAUGCCUUUGGUGAUUCUCCACCAGCGGAAUUAUUGGUGAUCGAUCGAACAAACACAAGUCGAAACAAUACGUCUAACAAAAAUGGUAUGUCUUCUCAAACGAGUACGAGACCUGGUAUUCACUCAACGAAUCCAUCAAUGGCUACGACGACGACAACUAGUACAACAUGGACGUCGACUAAACAACCGUCGACGGCAAUUGCGACAACAACGAGUACGACGACGAUGCAAACAAGACCAAAACCUACUUUGAGAAAACCGUGUAAAGGCGAAUGUACCAGCGGCCUAUAUGCUCUCUUCUGUGAUAACAUCGAUACAGAAGCUGAUUGUCCAGGAGAUGGAUCUUGUUGCAUUACCGAAUUACCUGUUAAAGAGGAAGCAACGACGACCGUCCGUCCGACUACAAGGCCUUCGCCUCCUCAACCUAAACUACCACCUUGCCCUGGUUUCUGCUUGCUGACAAUCAUGGCAGCAUUCUGUGAACGACCAAACGUGAUUAUUGCUAAAACAUCCACUUGCCAAUCUGGAUCGAUCUGCUGUGACAACACGAAAAGUCCGCCGCAGACUCCAAGACCACGACCGAGACCUACUACGAGACCAACAACCACCAUAACUUUACCACCCGAUCCACGUCCGGAGUGUCCUGGUUCUUGCAUCGUAUCCUACUUAUCCUUCACUUGCUUCAGAAAUGCAGAAUUAACGAGUUUGUUCAAGUGCAAGAAACAGGGACAUCAAUGUUGCGCACCGAAAUCAUUAAUCAGAGAACUUCACGGUGGAAAUAGUAGUGAACCGAUUUUGACUAAUAGAAAUGAUACUUACAACAAUAUCGUUACGGCUAGACCACAUACGACAGUCUUUGCUCCAACAGUUUACGAAACGACGACGAUGACGAUAUCGACGACUACGAAGAGUCCAGUGUACAGUAAAUAUGUAUGCGGUGUAAAAGGAACUUCUCGUGGCCCGAUUCAAGCUCGUAGUUCCGAAAGAGUGGCUCGUGUAGUUGGAGGGGAAGAUGCAGAUGCCAACGAAUGGUGUUGGCAGGUUGCUCUUAUUAAUUCUCUUAAUCAGUAUCUUUGUGGUGGAGCUCUUAUCGGUACUCAAUGGGUGUUGACAGCAGCGCAUUGUGUUACAAAUAUCGUGAGAUCCGGUGACGCGAUUUAUGUGAGAGUCGGAGAUCACGAUUUAACUCGCAAAUAUGGUAGUCCUGGUGCGCAAACGUUAAGAGUCGCUACGACUUACAUUCAUCACAAUCACAAUAGUCAGACUUUAGACAAUGAUAUAGCUCUAUUGAAAUUAUAUGGCCAAGCGGAAUUAAAGGACGGAGUUUGUCUUGUUUGUUUACCUGCUAGAGGAGUUAGUCAUACGGCUGGUAAACGGUGUACAGUUACUGGCUACGGAUACAUGGGCGAAGCUGGUCCCAUUCCUCUUCGAGUACGUGAAGCAGAAAUACCGAUCGUUAGUGAUGCCGAAUGUAUCAGGAAAGUAAACGCCGUGACGGAAAAAAUCUUUAUACUUCCAGCUAGUAGCUUUUGUGCGGGUGGAGAGCAGGGUAAUGAUGCGUGUCAGGGUGAUGGAGGAGGUCCAUUGGUUUGCCAGGAUGAUGGCUUUUACGAAUUAGCAGGUUUAGUAUCGUGGGGCUUUGGCUGUGGAAGGUUGGAUGUUCCUGGUGUUUAUGUUAAAGUAUCCGCCUUUAUCGGUUGGAUAAAUCAAAUCAUAUCGGUGAAUAAUCUUUAAUCGUCUUAUACAUGUUACUGAAAGAAUCCGAAAGAACUGAAACGUUUAUUUAUUAUUAAUAAAACGUUAAUACACUUUGGUGCGCAUUGCGUUGUAAUAUGUUUAACGACGUGGUGCACGCGUAACGAGGAUGACGAAUAAAUUGUUUACAAUCGUCGUCGGAAGCAUUGAAUGCCUGUGCCAAAAAAUUAUAUUUUAUAAAAUGCUAAGCUAAUUUUUUGUUAUGCGUGCAACUCCGUGGGAUUUUUGAAUAAUAAGUGAACAAGAGGCUCGAUAAAAAAGUCCCCAUUUUUUUUUUUUUUUUUUUUUUUUUUUUAGGCAAACUUUGUGUGCUCCAUUUUGGCGCACUUAUGACAAUAAGAAAAACAAUAUUUUUCUAAUGUCAACGGUCCAAGAUAAAUUUCUUUUCUGUGCGCUCAUGUGCACGUGCAUUAAUAAUUUAAAUUUAUUUUUUAUGUAUUAAAAAAGAAAAA